AUGAAAUGGACUUAACAACUUGUCUGUAACAAUGAAGUCUCCAAGUCUCUUAUUUCUACUUGUCCUGUUUCUCCACCAUACUCUGAGUCUGUGCCAUGCUAAACUCAGAGUCGAUUACUACCGCAACUCCUGUCCUGAUGUUGAAUCAAUCGUCAGAUCUGCAGUAAAAGCCAAGUUGGAGCAGACAUUUAUUACAGCUCCAGCAACUCUUAGACUAUUCUUUCAUGAUUGUUUCGUCCGGGGGUGUGAUGCUUCGGUGAUGCUAACUUCAUGGAACAAUCGUGCAGAGAAGGAUAAUCCAGAUGAUCUUUCGUUAGCUGGGGAUGGAUUUGACACUGUGAUAAAAGCCAAGGCCGCCGUUGAUAGUUUGCCUGAAUGCCGAAACAAGGUUUCAUGUGCUGAUAUCUUAGCCCUGGCUACUAGGGAUAUCAUUGCUUUGACUGGAGGCCCAUCUUAUGCAGUAGAAUUGGGAAGACUAGAUGGUAAGAUAUCAACGAGAGCCAGCGUACGACAUCAUCUCCCUCAUCCCGAUUUCAAGUUAGACAAGCUCAAGGCCAUGUUUGCCUCACAUGGUCUCACUCUUACAGAUCUGGUUGCGCUCUCAGGAGCACAUACAAUUGGGUUCUCACACUGCAGCCAAUUCUCCAAACGAAUUUACAAGUUUAAAAGCAAGAGCAGAAUCGAUCCUACGCUUAAUCCACCCUAUGCAAGGCAGCUUGAACAGAUGUGCCCGGAGAAGGUAGACCCCAGAAUGGCCAUUCAGAUGGACCCGGGCACACCCCAAAUAUUUGAUAAUAUGUACUACAUCAAUCUUCAACAAGGAAAGGGGCUUUUCACCUCUGAUCAGAUUUUAUUCACUGAUACAAGGUCAAGAAAUAUUGUUAACCUAUUUGCAUCCAACAAUACUGCAUUUGAAGAGGCUUUUGUAGCUGCUAUAACAAAGCUCGGGCGGAUAGGGGUCAAGACGGGCAAACAUGGUGAAAUCAGGAAUGAUUGCUCUGUUGUGAACAAGAUUUUCUAAUUGGUUUGCAUUAGUUUUCAAUGUUGAAACGUUUUGUUGUUUAAGAAAGAUAAUGGAGGAGAUUCUAAUCUAAUCAUUCAUUCAUGUUUUUGUCUUGCAUAGUACUAAUAUA